AUGGGGAAGGUAGUUCCGAUAAAAAAAAAUCAUGGACCAGUGGCUGAAAGAUUUGAUAUUGGGCUGAUCAGUUAUUGUAUUAACUUUUUGCAGCACGUUCCCGGUCAUAAACGAAGUGGAGUGCAGUGGAAAAUUCCGCUUUUCCUUCGAGAUCCGCUCACACUGAAACCGACAGUGCACUGGCUGAUAGAGAAUAACACAGCAAUAAUUGACCUGGGCACUGACAUCGUGCUGGAUCGAGAAGGACGCAAUUUUGUACGGGUGAGAUAUGACACGGCCUUAUACCUCGAAAUUACGGCACGACUUCAUGCAGACGCCAACUGCAUACCAGUUGCGGCAAGGACUCGUCUCAUGGAUGACUCCUUCACUUUGGCCGAAAUCGGGAAUCUCUCCUAUGUUCACGCACUAAACAUCUCGGUUUAUCUCAGAAAAGAGGACUUCAUCAUAACAAUUCUGGAACCAUUGUUCGAACAUUUCCGGCAAAAUCCAGUCUCUAACGAAGGAGUGAAGCUGCAUGAAGAGCUACUCAGUGAUCUGCGAAGUACGGUAUUCUCUCGGGUCUGCUUAAAUGGCUACUCCACCUGUUUCUCGUAUUCCCAAGCUCUCAUGGAGAGAUUGAGGUUAUCCUGUGCCAACGCAAUGCUCAGCAAUCGGACGUGCAAUGUGAUACCACCGUACCUUCGUCAACCGAUUUAUGCGACAGCUGUGAUGUAUGGAGACGAGGAAAUGUUCGAAUUCUUGCAUUCCAAAUGGGAGAUGGAAGUCUAUCAAACGGAACGGGAACGAAUUUGGAUUGCGCUAGGAGCUAGCAAGAAGAAAGAACACAUUCACAGGUCAGAGAAGGUUUUGAAGGCAAUGAGCUAA